CCAAGAUUAUGGAAGGAACGGAAAUGGUCCGUCCUUGUUUUCAUUCCGCCCGUCUGCAGCUGUUGGCUCUGCUUGGCAUUCUCUUUUCCCAUAUUUCAAGGGCGAGUGGAGAAUGGAUGCGCUUGAUCACAUGCUCACGGAUCCCCUGGAGUCUGGGGUGAGCAGAGGUGGGCGCAUCAUGGAAGAGUGCAUGCUGGGAAACAGCCGAGUCAGCCUGCCCGAGGACCUGCUCGAGGACCCUGAGAUUUUCUUCUCGGUGCUGAGCGAGAGCACGUGGUCCGGCGUGCUGACGGACGCCCAGCGCCAGCGACUCCGCCAGUUCCUCCCUCAGUUCCCCGACAACUGCCCCGCCCAGCAGGACGCCGUCAUCAGCGACCUCUUCAACAACCAGAACUUCCGAUUCGGGAACCCCCUGCACCUCGCUCAGAAGCUGUUCAGAGAUGGAUACUUUAACCCGGAAGUGGUCAAGUACAGACAGCUGUGCGCCAAGUCGCAGAGGAAGCGGCACCUGUACUCUCUGCAGCAGUACUACCACAGGCUCCUGAAACACAUCCUGGUGUCCAGGAAGGAGCUCCUGGAGAGGGCGAGUCGCAGCGGCCCGGACCUGGCCAUGAAGCGGCGCUACCCCUCGCCGUCCCGGGGCGAGGCCCAGGAGCAGCGGGCCCGCCGCAGGGUCUCCCGAAUCCUGAGGGAGGUGAAGAGCGAGUGCGCCGACAGCAACGUGUCCUCGGACGACGAGGAUAUGGGAUCCUGGCUCCCGGCCCCGCCCUCUCCGUCCUCCCCCACGCCCACCGUCUCCCUCCGGGUCCUGCCCAGUCUCUCCACGUCAGACAUGAAGACCACAGAGAAGCCGGACCUCGGGGAGAAGGAGCUGAGAGCCCUCCUGAGGAGGCACAGGGAGAAGAGGAAACGCCAGUCGGAUCAUCCUGACCUGAUGACCUCUGACCUCCACCUGGGUGACAUCAUGUCCAGGGUGAACGUGGGGCGAAAGGGUUCGCUCGUGGCCCUGUUUGACCUGGCCCUGCCCAAGAAGAAACUGAGGGAGGAGAAGAGGAAGAAGAAGAUGAGGCCCAUUAAAACGGAGCCGGAGGAGCCCUGCGACGUCCUGAUGCCCUCCGAGGCCCCGCCCCCCAACGCCGCGGUCACUGCCGCCCUGCCAGAGGCUCCGCCCCCUCCGCUGCCCAGCGUCAAAGAGGAGCCGAUGGAGGAGGCGCAGAACAGCCCGGCUCAGGUGGAGGAGAUCGCCAUCAGCUUCUUCAACCUGCUGGAGGACAUCCUGGGCCUGGAGGGUCUCGCCAGCACAGCCACGCUGGAGGAGAAAGUACAACAGUGGCAGGGCUCUCCUGCAAGCACCCUCAACCCGUGGUUCUCCUCCGCCCCCUGCUGGUCUGAGCUGGUACUGUCUGCCCUGCAGUUCCUCUCCGGAGAGAGCAAACCUGGCAUGAUGUCCCUCCCCAGUGGGUUUUCUCCCCUGGUAGAGUUGAGGGAGCGCACGCAGCAGUGGAAAUGGAUCAACCACGGGCCGGACGGAGAGAAGGACCUGAGCGAGCUGUGCCAGCUCUGGCUGGAGUCGAAGGACCAGGUGGUUGUCAAGCAGGAGAGCGAGGAGCCGGCCGAGCUGACUCCGCCCACCCCCAGAGUAUGGACGGACUAUGUGGUGAGACCCAGCACAGGGGAAGAGAGGCAUGUCUUUCAAGAGCAGGAGCAGCAGCGGUACGACCAGCCGCACAAGGCCUUCACCUUCCGCAUGCACGGGUUCGAGUCGGUGGUGGGGCCGGUCAAGGGCGUGUUCGACAAGGAGACGUCCCUCAACAAGGCGCGCGAGCACUCCCUGCUCCGCUCGGACCGCCCCGCCUACGUGACCAUCCUGUCGCUGGUGCGGGACGCGGCGGCCCGGCUGCCCAAUGGCGAGGGGACGCGGGCAGAGAUCUGCGAGCUGCUGAAGGACUCCCAGUUCCUGGCGCCCGAUGUCACCAGCGCUCAGGUGAACACGGUGGUGAGCGGGGCUCUGGACAGGCUGCACUAUGAGAAGGACCCCUGUGUGAAAUACGACAUCGGCCGCAAGCUCUGGAUCUACCUGCACCGCAACCGCAGCCAGGAGGAGUUCGAGAGGAUCCAUCAGGCCCAAGCAGCUGCCGCCAAGGCCAAGAAAGCACUGCAGCAGAAGCCCAAACCAGCUCUGAAGCCCAAGUCCAGCAGUAAAGAGGGCGGGGGGAAGACCCCCGGGGCCUGUGAGCCGGGGCAGAUCGUCAUGGGCGACGGCAGCGCCAUGCCGACCGCCACCCUGCCCGCCACCCCCACCACCCCCACCGUCAGCACCCCUGGCACGCCCAAGUCCCCCCUGGCACCGGCGGCCGGGACGCCAACCAAGACUGGUGUCCCAGACCCCAUGAAGCCGAGCCCCAGCGUCCUCCUGGUGUCCCCUCCCUCCAUGCCCCAGCUGGGCACCCUCCUCUCGGCCAGUCAGUCGGCCCCCCAGGCCCCGCAGCCGGCCUCCUCGCAGCCUGGGGCUCGAGUUCUGGCCCACCCAGGGGCGGGCUCCCUGCCCCAGGUGCGCGUGGUGACGGCGCAGCCCGGCCUGGCCCCGUCCCCGGGGACCCAGCAGGCCACGCUGGUGCACCAGGCCUCGCACCAGAUCCGCGUGCCCGUCACCGUGGCGCACACCAAGGGCAUCACUCAGACGGUGGUGACGCUGCCGUUGAGGACGCAGUCGGGCAGCAGCCCCGUGCAGGUGCAGGCUGCCCGAGCUCAGGCCGGCCUCACCGUCACGGGCCUGGCGCCCGCCGUCACCGUGGCCAAGCCCCAGACCAGCUCCCCCGGCAGCCCCGCCCACAACCCCGCCUCCCCCGCCAUGCUCCAGGGCGUCACCAGCCAGAGCAUCAUCAAGCAGGUGGCCAUCACCGGGCAGCUGGGGGUCAAGUCCCAGGGGGGCGGGGGCAUCCCGCUGACGGCCACCAACCUGCGCAUCCAGGGCAAGGACGUGCUCCGCCUGCCCCCGUCCUCCAUCACCACGGACGCCAAGGGGCAGACGGUGCUGCGCAUCACGCCCGACAUGAUGGCCACGCUCACCAAGUCGCCCGUCACCACCGUCAAGCUCACGCCCGACAUGCUGAGCGCCGCCACAGGGGGCGCCAAAGGCAUCUCCGCCACCCUGCACGUCACCCCGUCCCACCCGUCCUCGCCCUCCUCCUCCUCCUGCCCCGCCCCCGCCGGCCCCGGGGACCUCAAGGCGGGGGCCUCCCUGGCCGCGGCGGGCGGGGCCACCCUGGUGAAGGCGGGCGCGGGCGACGGCUCCAUCCGGCUGAUGCCCGCCCUGGCGGUGACCAUGGCCGACCAGAAGGCCCGCCCCUUCUCGGCGGUCACCGCGUCCGACUCCAAGCCGGCCGCCACCAUCCGCAUCAUGCCCGGCCUGGGCGUCAUCCCGCCCAAGCAGGGCCAGGCCAUCACCGUGACGACCGCCGCCGGCGUCAAGUCGGCCUCCGCCGGGACCGCCGUCACCAUAGCGACCAGCGCCAUGGCGGGGGCCAAGGGCCUGACCAUAGGGCCCGCCACCUCGGCCUCGGCCCUCUCCUUGGGGGCGGGCACCGCCACUGUCCGCCAGGUUCCCGUUACCGCGACGGUGGUGUCCACUCAGCCGGGUAAGCUCCCAGCCCGGAUCACCGUGCCCCUCUCCGUGCUCAGCCAGCCGCUGAAGAGUAAAAGCGUCAUGACGACCCCCAUCCUGAAGGGGAACAUCAGCACUAAUAUCGGCAGCCUGGGCCGGAACAUCAUCCUGACCACCAUGCCGGCCGGCACCAAGCUGAUCGCCGGGAACAAGCCGGUCAGCUUCGUCACCGCACAGCAGCUUCAACAGCUUCAGCAGCAGGGCCAGGCCACGCAGGUGCGCAUCCAGACGGUCCCAGCCCAGCAGCUUCAGCAGCGCACAGCCCCCGGCUCCCCCAAGCCCGUAUCCACGGUGGUCGUCACCACGGCGCCCUCCCCGAAGCGGACCCCCGACCCCCAGUGACACCCCCCCUGUGCAAACGAGGCAUUGCCC